CAAAUUCUUUUUGAUUGAUUUUACUGUCAUUGGCUCUAAUCAAAAAGGCACAAUGUUACAUUAAUGGCAUCAUUUUCUAUUUCACCAUUGCUUAUAAGUCGACCUGUUGCAUUUCCAUGGUGAUGGUAAACCUCUAAAUCCAUUUUUUAUCGUGUAGAAUUACCAUAAUUGGUAUAGUCCAGUUAAGAAAGGGUAAACAAAAAAAUUUAUAAUAAAUCAGACACUUUUUAUCAAAUUUUUGAAAUGUUUCUAUAAAAAGACUUUGUUAGAUUAAUGGGGUGUUUUGUCAUUUUUUUGAUUUGAGGUCGUGUGCACAGAUCAAAUAUCAAAGACCGAAAAAGUUUUGAUAAAUUAACACGAUCAAAUAACUAGAAGAUCAAAGUAAAAUACUACUUUGAAAUAAAGAUAGUUCAAUCUCACAAACAUGUCAGAAACAAGAAGAGGAUUGCUAACUAAAUUAGGAAUAUUUUCAGGUAUAGCCAUUGGUUUAUUCUUAGUGGGUAAAAAACACAUAGCCAUUACCAAAGUUGAAAGACAUAAACGAGAAACUGAUGCCACUAUAGACAGUGAAGUUGAAGAAUAUGGUAAUUAUGGAACAAGACCUGGGUUUCCAGCUAAUAAUCCUACCUUGAAUUAUGAAGCUGAUAGUUCAAGAGCAUCCCGUUAUGAAGGUAAAGGAAAUUCAUAUUCAAGUCGAAGACCUGGAGAUCGUUUUAGUAUGUUUGCCGUAUUUGAUCGUAAAUGGUCUGAUAGUUCAAACAAUGAUGCUAACGAUAAAAACAAAUAUUACAAACCUCCAUCGAGAUCAGACUAGAAUUUAUCACACUGGUUCUUCUUCUCGUCACAAUUUUACUUGUACAUAAUAAAUAAAUAAAUGAAUAUA